CGCGAGCUGGCGUCGAAGUUGUGAGGAGUUGAGCGGUACCGGCCCGCGGUGCCCCAGGGGUCGGCGGGGGAGCCCCCGCUGAGGACAGGGCGGCCGGGGGGCAGCAGCGGCAUGGAGCAGACAGCGCCCAAGAGCAAACUGAAGAAGCUGAGUGAAGACAGUUUAACUAAGCAGCCUGAAGAGGUUUUUGAUGUUCUGGAGAAACUUGGUGAAGGGUCUUAUGGCAGUGUGUUUAAAGCAAUACACAAAGAGUCUGGUCAAGUGGUGGCAAUUAAACAGGUCCCUGUGGAGUCAGAUCUUCAAGAAAUAAUUAAAGAAAUCUCUAUAAUGCAGCAGUGUGACAGUCCCUAUGUUGUCAAGUACUAUGGCAGCUAUUUUAAGAACACAGACCUGUGGAUUGUUAUGGAGUAUUGUGGGGCUGGCUCUGUUUCAGACAUAAUUAGACUUCGUAAUAAAACGCUAACAGAAGAUGAAAUUGCAACUAUUCUGAAAUCUACUCUUAAAGGACUUGAAUACUUGCACUUCAUGAGGAAAAUACAUAGAGAUAUAAAGGCUGGGAACAUCCUGCUUAACACAGAGGGGCAUGCCAAAUUAGCUGACUUUGGUGUGGCUGGCCAGUUAACAGAUACAAUGGCAAAACGAAACACUGUGAUAGGAACACCCUUCUGGAUGGCUCCUGAAGUGAUACAAGAGAUUGGCUAUAACUGCGUGGCAGAUAUUUGGUCCCUUGGUAUCACCUCAAUAGAAAUGGCUGAAGGAAAGCCUCCAUAUGCUGAUAUUCAUCCAAUGAGGGCUAUUUUCAUGAUUCCUACCAAUCCUCCUCCCACCUUUCGGAAGCCAGAGCUUUGGUCUGACGAGUUCACAGAUUUUGUGAAGAAGUGCUUAGUGAAGAAUCCUGAGCAGAGAGCUACAGCAACACAGCUGCUGCAGCACACUUUCAUUAAGAAUGCCAAGCCAGUCUCCAUCUUAAGGGACCUGAUCACGGAAGCUAUGGAGAUCAAGGCAAAGCGACACGAGGAACAGCAGAGAGAGCUGGAAGAGGAGGAAGAAAAUUCCGAUGAAGAUGAGCUGGACUCCCACACCAUGGUGAAGACCAGUUCAGAGAGUGCUGGAACCAUGAGGGCCACCAGCACGAUGAGCGAAGGUGCUCAGACCAUGAUCGAACACAACAGUACUAUGCUGGAGUCUGACCUGGGGACCAUGGUAAUAAACAGUGACGAUGAUGAAGAGGAAGAUGGGACCAUGAAAAGAAAUGCUACUUCACCCCAAGUUCAAAGACCUUCUUUCAUGGACUACUUUGAUAAACAAGAUUCCAAGAACAAGAGCCCUGAAAACUGUAACCAGAACAUGCAUGAACCUUACCACAUAUCCAAGAACGUUUUCCCUGACAACUGGAAAGUCCCUCAAGAUGGAGACUUUGAUUUCUUAAAGAAUCUGAGUUUAGAAGAGCUCCAGAUGAGGUUAAAAGCUUUGGACCCUAUGAUGGAACGAGAAAUUGAGGAGCUUCGCCAGAGGUACACUGCAAAGAGACAACCUAUCCUAGAUGCCAUGGAUGCAAAGAAAAGGAGGCAACAGAAUUUCUGAGCUCCUUUUACUUUCAGAGCCACUACUCUGGGUCUGUGUGGCCCCUGGGAACGUUCUAAGUCUGAAGGAAUCCCAGCAGGAGUUUCCAAAACCCAAGAUUUUGACUCCUCCUUCACAAGCAGUGACAAUUGGAGCCGUGCAAGAGAAUCCAUCCAGUGUUCUGCAAAGGCAGGGACACGCUGCCCCACCUGGCUGUAUUUUCAGAUGUUCAAUGCAAGAGAGUCUAUGAUCUAAUCUGUUACUUCCCAGUCUCUUUCAGGUGGGUAGUGGUAACCUGGUGUUGUGCAUUAGGAGUUGCGUAUGGGAGCACCUGGAACCAUUUCUUGAUUGUGCAACACUCCACUGUUGCCUUAUGUUGCAAUUUCUUCCCACUUAGUAGCAUAUUUAUUCUGUAAUCUUGGGUUCUCCUAUUUAUUUCAUGCCUGGUUUGGGUUUUUUUAUUAGAUAGCAUUGAGGUAAUGCUCUGGAGAGCAGGGCCAGGUGAGCUAAAGGUGCUCUCGGAGCGUGAUGAAAAGAAGCUCUGCGCUGUGCUGCCUUUGGAAACUUCCGUUUCAGCAAGCACCCUGGUUCAGGGCAGCUGCUGAGCAUGUAUCCAGCCCGUUCAGACCACAGGAUGUGAGCAUCACAUCAAUCCCAGGCAGAUGCUUUCCUGCUCUGCCGAAGCAGGGGCUGUGGCUGGAGCUGAGCAAUGCGGUUGUUACGCUGCGGAGCGUCCUCCUGGCGAGCCUGUCUGUCGCUUUUACACACACCCAGCGCUCUCUCGUUAAACCAAGCCAAGUGCCUAAUCAGCCCUGGUUCUUCUGUUGCUCAGGAGAAGCAGCACUUGCAGUCACUCCUUGAGUGGCAAUUUCCAAUGGCUGUUGCAGUUCUGACCAGUAGAAACCUCUAUAUUGCACCGGAGUUUUGUAACGAAGUAGCAGCUACACUGCCUGGAUAUGUUGGUUUGGGUUUGUUCAAUUCUUCGUCACUGUUUUGAGGGGAAAGGGGACUUAUUAGUGGUUUAGAUUUGGUUUGGUUUCACGUUAUAGAUAGGAGGGGAUAGUAAUUUAAAAGCCAAAGAAAAUAGCAUUAAUACUUCUAGAUAAGAAAGACUGAAAAGAAGCAACACUUGGCAGUCACCUGAGGGGUUUGUCCUGCAGUUGCUACACAUUCAAAAUUCUUGUAGUCUUCCUUGGGAGAUUCUGGGGCAUCAGAAAUGCAAGACCAAACUCUUUACAUCUUCUGACAAAUUCUUCUGUCUGGUUUAAACUGUGGGAGGUCUGCAGGCAGAAUUUAUAACAUUGCAAGAACUCUUUCAGCCUCGGCAGAAAACGCGACCCACUUUCUGAACAUCUGCUCUGUUCUCUCUUGAUGCCUUUGCUGCUGGUUCCUUUGCUCUGAGUGACCUCUCUGUGACAGUCGUCUGUCUGGAAACAAGACAGCUGGAAAGGUCUUUGCCUUCAGCUCUUAGACACUUUUAAGGUGGCUACUCUAUGGGCAUCUUCUGCUGAGUGCUUUCUGGAAGUCAGCACUCAUCUCACACCUCUGUACCCUUGCUGUCAUCGUGGGUGGGCCAUGAGAUGGAAGAUGCAAAACACCAUAAAGCUUGUGCAGAAGAAAACCAAACGCUCCCACGAGCUCAGCAUCCUCCAGCCAUGCUGGGACCAUGCUUGGAGUUGAGCUCUGAGCAGCCAUCGUUCUCUGUCAUUCCACGUGUGCUUGUGUGCACCCCUUGCUGCAACACUAGCCCCUGGGGUCACACAGCUCUUCAUGGCCAGUACUGGCACAGCCUCACCCCCAGCUCUCUUCAGAUUUCUCCCAGUGAUGAGCAUCCCUUAGGGAAAGGCAAGGACACAGAAGAUCUAUAAAAAUUGCUUUAGGCAAGAUAAAACACACCUGCUGGACUCAUGCCUCACAGUGGUACAGUAAAGUGCUGUCAAGUCAAAAAUGCUCUCACUGUCUUGUUGGAUGGUAAUGAGCAUGGGGCCACAAAGCAACACCAAGCUCCCCUCAUUGCUAUGGCUCCUGUGGUUCAAAUGAAUUUAGAAUGCAUGGGCUUAGUGUUUCUGAAGGCUCUGCUGUGUGUGCAUGCACACAUUUGUGUAUGUAUGCACACAUAUACGUAUAAGCAUCUCUAGAUGGUCUGCUUCAGAUUAUUUCUCCUCUGAAAGCAUCAGGAGAGGAGCCCAGCUCACCUCUUCUUGCUGUGUGCCUUGGAAGCCAGGUGUCAUCAUCCAGACACUCCUGCCUGCAGCACUUGCAGCUUGCUUUUCCCUUAUUCUCUCAACCUUUCUCCCCCCCAGAACAAGCCUUUGAUUUGCAGCAUAACAGACAAGGUAAUGAAGUGGUCACAAUUCUCAUGUCUUGUGUAUUCUGCAAAGUUCAGCAGUGCACUAAGCAGGCAUUGCCUGUCCAGAAGGACCCCAGUGAAAGGCCUUUUGAGACUAGAGCUGCUGCAGGCUGAAAGGCAGCAGAAGACAAAGGACAUCCUGCAUGGAAAGAAGUCACAUUUUGUGUGCCUGCAUGCACACAGCUGGGGGUUGUACAUGCAGGAGGAAAAUCUGAAAGCCAUGGAAUGCAGUAGAAGCCACAGAGGCCCAGAAUGCUUUGGGCUGGCAGGGAACUGAAAGAUCAUCUACCUCCUACCCUGGACACUUUCCACUAGACCAGGCUGCUCCCAUCCAGCCUGGCACUGAGAGCUUCCAGAGAGGAGGCACCCACAACCUCUCUGGGCAACCUGUGCUGAACAAGCUACUUACAAUGAGUGAAAAAUAGCUUCUGACAGACUGUAAAUGGGGUGGAUCUAGGACAUUUGUGACCAAAGAGUGCUUCCAACAACUGAUGCUCCAUCAGUGAUGUCCUUCUGGCUGCAGUCAGACUCAGGGCUGGUUUCUGGCUUCAGAAGCCAGCCUGUUGGGCUCCAAAUGGCGUGCCAGCACAGCACACACAAACACAUUCUAUGCUGAGAGAUGGAGAGAGCUGCUUUUCUUUGCCUUCUGCUUGUAUAAAUGAAUCAGAUCAUCCAUGCUGAUGACUGCACAUCUCUACUGGAGGGUAAGCAUCUCUGUAAAGCAAAGCCAGCAGUUCAAGAAGGAAGACAUUUUGAAAGCAAGCCUUGCAGGAGAUCUGAUAGAACUACUGACAAGUUAACCUUCAGUAAGAUGAUAGCUAAACCCUUUCCUUGUUUGCUUCUGGGUUUGUAUGUCUAGGUUUAGGGGGGGAAAAGAAAAAAUCCUGAGAAAUCCUUACCUGUUACUAAACCUUUGUAAUAAAAACUAAUUUUCCAUGUC